UACCAGAGGAAAAAACUAACUGCAUAAGUGAAACGAGUGAGAAAUAUUAGGCAAAAGCCAUCUAGGACCAUAUACAGUCCUCAUGUUACAUUAGCUACACUGACUGAAAGAAAAAAAAAUAUUAUUCAUAAGUUUAUAAUUACAAAUUACUAUUUUAAAGGUCCAAAACCCUAUAUGAAUAGCUCCACAUGAGGUCUACAAAAAGAAAGAAAAGGAAAGACUGUAAUUCUUACUUUGAAAUAUAUGAGAAGCCCAUCUCCUGUUCCUGCAGGGCACUAGAACCAGAACAAGUAGCUCACCUGAAGCUGGUUAGUUAAGUAUGUGCUGAACAUCCUAUCGAAUCAGAAAGCACAGAGAUAGAUAAAAGACUUCUUCACUGAAAGACAAUAUGCCUGGCAUCUCAUAGUUGUCUUUACAGGCUUAGUUUUCCACAUUUUUAAGUUGCAGAUGAGAACAUUAUCUUCAGGGGUGGUGAAAGUUUGCUUCAGUUGACAUGAAAGUAUGAAAGUGCUUUGAUCUACCUGUAGAAAAACAUUAUAGAAGCAUGCAAUGCUGGGACGAGGGAAUGGAGAGUCCUCAAGAAAGAAAGAGGAAGAGGAAGUUCAGAGCAGGCACAGACUGAUCCCUGUUGGAAGAAAGAUUUAUGAGUUCUACAAUGCGCCCAUUGUUAAAUUUUGGUUUUACACACUGGCAUAUAUAGGCUACUUGAUGCUUUUCAAUUAUAUAGUGUUAGUGAAGAUGGAUCGCUGGCCAUCUACACAGGAAUGGAUUGUCAUCUCGUACAUUUUCACUCUGGGAAUAGAGAAGAUGAGAGAGAUAUUGAUGUCAGAGCCUGGGAAGUUGUUACAGAAGGUGAAAGUUUGGCUCCAGGAGUACUGGAAUGUUACUGACCUCAUAGCUAUCCUCCUGUUCUCCGUUGGGAUGGUGCUCCGUCUGCAAGAUCUGCCACUGCGGAGUGAUGGACGAGUGAUAUACUGUGUUAACAUCAUUUACUGGUAUAUACGGUUAUUAGACAUCUUUGGAGUAAACAAGUAUUUGGGACCAUAUGUUAUGAUGAUUGGGAAAAUGAUGAUAGACAUGAUGUACUUUGUCAUCAUCAUGUUGGUGGUUCUGAUGAGCUUUGGUGUUGCAAGACAGGCUAUUCUCUUCCCUAACGAGGAGCCUUCAUGGAAGCUGGCGAAAAACAUUUUUUACAUGCCUUAUUGGAUGAUCUAUGGAGAAGUGUUUGCAGACCAGAUAGACCCUCCUUGUGGUCAAAAUGAAACCAGAGAAGAUGGCAAAAUAAUCCAGCUACCUCCCUGCAAGACAGGAGCAUGGAUUGUUCCUGCCAUCAUGGCCUGUUACCUCUUGGUUGCAAACAUCCUUUUGGUGAACCUGCUUAUUGCUGUUUUCAA